AUGGCCCCGGUGCCCCCAGCGCCCGUUUUGCCGCACCCCUUCAAUCUCAUGAUGGCCCUCGCGGCGAUGGGCAACGGCAUGCAGCCCAGCGUCAUGUUGCCCAUGAUGCCCCAGCCGUUUGCCUCGGCUGCUCCCCCGCCCUGCCAGUUUGGUGCCAUGCCGUUGGCCCUCGAUCCUGCCAUGGCUAUCGCCAACAAUCCCCAGCCACCAGCACAUGAGGUGAGCAAGGAAUACACACAUACACUAUGAUUGUGUGUUAGCAUCUGUGUGUAUGUGUCUGUGUGCAGAUGCCGCUGCGUGAGCCGCCGUUCCACAACAAGACCAUCACCCCGCCACCGCCCCCUCCCGACACACACCUCAACGGCGCCGGCCACAACGGCAGCCACAUCGGAUACGGGCAGGGAAAGCAAGGCGGCCAUGACAACAAAGAGGGGCUACUGGGCGACCAUGGUCAGCACCAUGGCGGAGGGGGUGCGAUGGGGCAGGGCGGCCAACAUCGUCAUCACCAACAGCAGCAGCCCGUGCAUCACCCGCAGGGCGCCUGCGGCGGGUGGGGAGGCCACAACAUACACCCCGCCGACCACCACCACCACCACCAGGGGCCCCAGGCGGACUUCAACAACACCAGCUUCAACCCGCACAUCACCAACGUGCAUGCCCACCGACAGCAGCCGCAGCCGCAGCAGAGGCCCAACGCAUACAUGUACCCGACCAUUCUGCCGCCCCCGCCUGCCGCCAACGGACAGCACCACAACCACCACCACAACAAAACCAACCGGCACAACGGGUGGGGCGGCGGAUGGGGCGGCCAGAGGGGCGGGCCAGGAGGCAGUGGGGGCCGGCUGAGAGGAGGGCGCAGCGGCCGACGAGGCGGGGCGGGUGACAGCCGCCGUCGUGGCCACUAGGAGAUCGCCCACAUGAGGCGGGCUGGACGUCUGCUUUGUGUUUUGGGACGGUUGGGUGGGGUGGGAGGGGGGAGGGGGGGGCAUACGUGAGUAUAUUAUGAAUGAGCUGAUUGACUGACCGUUCCUUGACCGUUUGAUUUUCCCAGAGAUGUCUCCAUCUGGCUGCCAUGGUGUCACGCUGGCGAGGUGGCCGGCCAGUGAACACAUCUUGACUUCUUGGCUUAUUGUGCCUGGCCGCCUGGCUGUCUGGACGUCUGACUGUGACGCACAUCAGUGCGUGUGUGUGCGUGCGCGUGUGUGUGUGUGUGUGUGUGUGCGCCUGAUUGACAGCAGUGAACAUGAGCCACCGAACACACCAGCGAGAGAAUGACAGCCGGUAUACGUCAAAUGGGGGAGGAAAGGGCUGCAAGGGAGGGGAGAGACAAGGGAGGGGAGUUAUGCGUGUCUGACUAUAGCGUGCCCGCGUCUGUUUGAAGGGGGAGGGGCGUGUGUGGCUGCCAGUGUUCAUGGGGCUGAGAGAGAGGGCUUUGUCAGUCGGACAAAUGACAAUCGAGCGAUCUUCAGAGGUUCAACAACAUAAUCCAAA